AUGACGCAGAGAGUGGAGAGUACAAACAGCUUUUUCGAUGGCUUUGUAAAUCAAAAAACCAAGUUGUUUGAGUUCCCAAGGCAAUACACCCGAGCUAUGAUGAAGCACGUGAAAGACGAGGUGGAUGUUGAUGAUAACUGCUCAAAAUACCUUAGAAGGUUGAUGAGUGGUUUUAAGUUGGAGAAGGUGGUUCAAAGGCUGUACACUGACACAAAAUUUCAAGAGGAUCGGGUGUGGAUUGUUCCACUGGGGCAUAGUCAUGAGGAAAUAACUGAUAGGAGGAGGUUUUAUCGCGUUACCUUUGACACUAUUACGAAAGAAGAGUGUGACUGUCGUAAGUUUGAGACAUUUGGCAUAAUGUGUAAGCACAGUAUGCGCAUUCUUGAUCAGAAUCUGGUUUUUGAGAUCCCUGAGAAAUAUAUCCUCACUCAAUGGCACAAGGACGUUAUGCCUAGGCACACGAGGGUUAAAGUACCCUAUCAUGACCCCUCACUUUCGGUGACAAUUAAGAGGUGUAACAAGAUGCUUAAUGCUUUUGAGCCAUUUUCUGAAGUGGCUUCGACAGCUGAUGAUGCAGCUAUUCAGGUUGUUCUACAGGGUAUUGCUAAAUUGAAGGCUCAAGUCCAGAAGCUUAAACAGAAGAAAGAUGAACUCAAUCCACUUCCAGAAGUUGUUGCCUUCCCUAGUGGGCCUGGUCCUUCCCAACCCAAGUCAGUAGAUGUAGUUGUGACUAUGUCUUCUGUACAUAAUUUAGUUAAUGAUGAAGUUAUGUAUUACGAUGACCCCGCUGUAGGGGAGGGUGAUGGUGAUGGGGGGGGGGUCAGUACUUGUUGGAUGUUAAUGAACAACCAACAGUUGAUAUCUCAGCUAAUGAUGAUGCAAACAAACUUAGAGAUCUAG